AAUUAAAAAUUUUAAAGUAUGUCAAAGAUGUCAAGCAAGCAAGCUUGGCCUUGAAGAGAAGAACCUCUCCAAUUUUUUAAUUCCCAAAACAAAGUUAAAAAUAAAAUAAAAAAACAGAGGGAAAGCAUUAUUAUAUUGGAAAAUUGCAGAGAAGUGAAUGCUCAAAGUAGAGAGAGAGAGAGAGAGAGAGAGAGAGAGAGAGAGAGAAUUACAAAGGGUGAAGUGUGGAAGGAGAGAGAGGGAUUAGGUUCUGUAAUAAUUUUUCCAACCAGAGCAGUUGGCAGUGGUUAUUUCUGGGUCUUUUAAAUCAUACAUGUCAUCUGUUAACUUGGGCAGGUAAGCAAACCCUCACUCUUUUUGUAGCUCCAUAGCUCUGCUGCAUUUUGUGUGUGAUGCAUAAGAAAAAGGUUAGAACUUGAUGCUUCUUUUGCUGUUGGUGCAAAUACCCAACUUGUGAAUUGGGAUUUUCCUGUCAAAUUGGAUUCCUUUGGAGGUAAAAUCAAAAUCCCAAUUCAGGGACUGAGCUAAAACCCUGCCCAUUUUCUCUUCUGUCACAAUUCAAGCAUAAAUUUGAUGCCUUCUGGUCUUUCUUGGAGUACCCAUCUAAGAAUAUCUCAAAAGGGGUUCUGCAACUUUCCUUUUUCCCAGUUUCUAGGCUUCUAGCUCUUUUGAUUCAAAACUUGCAAGAGCUAGUUGUUAUUUCCUGAUAGGUAAUUGGCAGCCAUUUUUAUUAAUUAUUAUUAUAAUAUUCAAUUGCUUGAAGCUUGGAGUGAUUCUCCUUCUCACUAAUUUUGGUCAUAGUUUGGAGAGAUUCAAAACCCCCUUUUUCCAUCUGGUUCCUUCAACCAGAUUGAUGUUUGAUUGAGCUGAGGAUUGAAAAUAAAAAAUUUGAAAUUUAGCUCUCUCCAAAGAGAAAAAGGGAAUCUGCUUUCUUUUUGUUAGUCUGGUGAGCUGUUGCUUAGCUAAUGUCUAUGUUUGUCCAUGUCUAACUUUAUGCUCUGAAAGGUUCACUUUUUCUUGUCUGUGGGGAGCAUUUUCUUUUGUUUAUUUUCCCUUCCCUGCACUAGAAGCUUGAUCCUAGGGUUUUUGAGGUCUUUAGGGUGGUGCAGUAUAAGAUUUUAUGCCUGAUACACUGGAUUUAUCCUCUCACUUUGUGUCCAUGGGAUGCUGCAACAAGAGGCAUCUGUUGCUUUAGCACCCUCUCAGGUCUAUAAAGCUGCAGAGGUUACCUGUUCCUUGUUGAGUCUGCAAGAUAUCACCAGUCAACUUUGGUCAAAGCCACCCACUUUCCCUUUAGUGUCUUAGAUUUCUUUUGUCGUUUGAAUAAUAUAUAGGUUGGUGGAGGAGGACUCCAUAGUUUUGGAGGAUUAGGACUUCUGAGUUCAUAAAAUGGGAGGUCAUGACAGUGAGGAUGUAGGGUUUCAGCAUAGAAUUGAUGGGAGCCGGAACUGUCCAUCUUCCGGGAUGAGCAUUAAUCCGCUGCCCGAAAAGGUUUCCAGAACGGCAAUGAGUUCUGUGUCCAUGUUUAAGCCUUCAAAUGGGGCUGACCCUUUCUUUGCUUCUGGUUGGGAUCCAAUUGUUUCAUUGAGUCAGAAUGAUAAUUUUGGCGGUCCUUCGGGUGUUUCCCAUGGCGAAUUUCCCAAUCCACCUUACCCCGUUGCGAUGGAGAAUCAGGGAAUGAGUAGCACCUCCCACCUUGUUCAAUAUCCAUCUGAUUCAAGCUAUGUUGGGAUGGUGCCAAAGCUUCCUCAAUGUUUUGGAAGUGGAAGCUUCUCAGAAAUGGUUGGUUCUUAUGGUCUCUCUGAGUGUGGCCAGAUUGCUAACCCUGGGUGUCCUCCGAACUAUAACCCCAACAGGGAGGGGGGCACUGAGAGGACUUCAACAAUCGGUGCCCAAUCUCACGAUGAUCGCCAAAUUUCUGAAGAGGGUGCUUUAGGAUCUUCGCCGAAUGGAAAGAGAAGGAAACGAGCUUCCAAAUCCAACUCUGCAUUCAGUCCAAAUAAGAAUGUUGAUGGGGAACUUAACAAGGAUAUGUCUGGGGAGAGCUCUGAUUAUCUGAAAGAGCAAGAUGAGAAGAAAGCAAAAACUGAAGAAAAUGCAGCUGCAAAUUUGCGUGGCAAGCAGAUGGGCAAACAGACUAAAGAAAAUUCUCAAAGCGGAGAUCCAAAAGACAGUUACAUUCAUAUUAGAGCCCGAAGGGGCCAGGCUACAAAUAGUCAUAGCCUCGCAGAAAGGGUAAGGAGAGAAAAGAUUAGCGAGCGGAUGAGAUUGCUUCAAGAACUUGUUCCGGGAUGCAAUAAGAUUACUGGGAAGGCUGUAAUGCUUGAUGAGAUUAUCAAUUAUGUGCAGUCUCUGCAACAGCAAGUUGAGUUUUUAUCAAUGAAACUUGCGACGGUCAAUCCAGAACUCAACAUUGAUAUUGAACGGAUUCUGUCCAAAGAUAUUCUUAACUCGCGGAGUGGCAGUGGAGCUAUCUUCGGGUUUAGUACUGGAAUCGGCUCUUCUCAACCAUACCCUCCCGGUAUGUUCCCUGGAAACUUGCCAAGUAUGCCAACUUCAGCUCCACAAUUUCCUUCCUUGCCUCAGAAUGUAUUAGACAAUGAGUUCCAAGGUCUUUUCCAUAUGGGUUUUGAUUCUAGUUCAGCUAUUGACAAUAUGGGACAAAAUGCAGGCCGCUUGAAGCCGGAGUUAUAAGAUUCAGACGGAUAUUAGGGGCUACUUCCACCCGACAGACAACUCAAAUUUUCGGUUAACUCUACUUGACUCAGCUAGAGAAGAAGAAAAAGUGGAAAGAAAACGAAAAAAAAAUAGAAGCUUAUUCCGGUUGUAUAGUCUCUCUCGGUUCCUAAUUGUUUGUUCUUCGAAUUUUUAGCAGAAGAAGAUGACUUUGUUAUAUUACAAAAAAAAAUGUGUAUAAUGAGACAACAAGGCAAGAGGUUUGAUUGGUGAAGAAGAAGAAGAACUCUGUUUGUUGGGUGUUUGUAGAAAUAGGACUUUGCUUGAAGCUUUCUAGGGUUUUAGGGGAAUCUGUGGAAGAAUUGUUUUUGUAGAUUGCUGCAUCAUGAAAGGAGUAACAGAUUUGUUCUGA